AAACAGAAAUGAUGUUCUGUUUUCCUCUUUCCCUCUCUCCCGCAGUUCAUGCCAGGUCACUGCGCUCUGUGAUGGAGGUGUACAGCAUUCAGCCGGGCUACUCAGUCAACAGGGAUGUGGAAGUGCCCUCGUCCCCUCACAGCAAGCCUCAACUCAGGCCCGAGUACGCCGACAUGAACCCUCUCCAUCACAACCACAGCUACAGAGACCGUGAGCACCACCACAGCGACCCCAUCACCGGCCACACUGCCUCACUGAGCUGGCUAACACAUCAGGAGAAAGACAGGAAGUGAUGUAACCCACUGGCGUGCAUUACACCAGACUUUUGACUAAGGAAACGCAGCUCAUUUCGGCCACAUGUAUGAAGUGACCGACAUGCUUCUGUGUGGCAUUUAGUUGUGGGUUUAUCUGAAUAGAUUUGACCACAAUAACAAAUUCAAAUAAUGAUGCAGCAGUCAAUGCAAAAAAGUUGUACAGAAAAAGGUUGCAGGAUUAUGUGAAUAGAUUUUACGCCAAUAACAUACUGGAAUGUGUAUAAAAAACUGUACAUAUUUCAUAGACGCUUAAGCUGCCUACCUUAAAGGAGUAGUUCAUUUACUCACCCCCAUGUCA